GCCUCGUCUGGUUCCUCUUUAAUAUUAAAAGACUCCUUCACUGCAGCGUUUGUGAAGAACCUGAUCGUGGUUCUGGUCUGGCUCAUCCUCAGUUACAUCAACGGCAGCUUGGUGGCAACCUUCUUCAGACACCAGACUUUUUAUGCAGACCCUCGCUACAUCCUCUUCAUCCACAUGGUGAUCAAUGACGGCAUCCAGCUGACCAUCACAAUCGCACUUUUCCUCCUCAGCUACAUCUUCUACAGGAUCAACGUCUCCUUCUGCUGCUUAUUCAUCCUGCUGGCGGUCUUCACCACCAGAAGUACGCCAUUCAACUUGGCCAGCAUGGCCAUAGAACGCUACAUCGCCAUCUGCGAGCCUCUACGUCACGCCCAGAUCUGCACGGUGAGGAGGACUUACAUCGUCCUCGGGCUGAUCUGGUUUUUAAGUGUGGCUCCGGAUAUUACAGAUCUGUUUGUGACGCUGGCGACUGAGUCCCUGAGCUUCUUUCACCAGUCGGUGUUCUGCUUGCGGCAAAAUGUGUUCAAAGACCCGAUCCUGGCUCACAAAAGACAAGCCUUUGAUACCAUCUACUUCUCCUGCGUGUUCCUAACUCUGGUCUUCACCUACUUGAGGAUCCUGUUUGCAGCCCGGGCUCUCUCCACAGACAAGACGUCAGCCCAGAGAGCCAGGAACACCAUCCUGCUCCACGGGGCCCAGCUGGCCAUGUGCAUGCUCUCCUACAUCUCCCCGAGCGUGGAGAUCAUUCUGCGUCUCAUCUUCUCCGGACAAGUACUAGAAAUCAGAUUUGCAAACUACCUGAUCGUCUACAUCCUGCCGAGGUUCCUGAGCCCGAUAAUCUACGGCGUCAGAGACAGAAAGUUCAGGAAGUACCUCAAGAUGCACCUCCGGAGCUACAGGUGGGGGGUCAAACUGCACAGCGUGGCCCCCGGGACCAAAGACGACAAGUGA